UUGCUGGCGAGAACGAGGAAGUGGAGGACGAGGCAAGUCAUGGUCGAGCUGGCGCAACGAUGAUACCACAAUCACUGUCAACGACUGGCGAGUUCAGCUCAAAUCUCCCAGCAUUGCGCUCGUCGGCCGACAAGGACGUCACAACAUCAUCUUCUGACCAAAGCAUCGAUACCGUGGCGCCUAAUCGCCGCCCACGUCCUGUCGCAGCGCAUCGACAGCAAGUUCCCUUGACCUCCAGCCACAACUUUCAGAUGCCAUCUACUCUGUCCCUCCACGCGGGUUUCUCGUCCGUACAAACUGACCAGCUGCGUGUAAAUCGCAGUCCAAAGAAGAGUUCCGGGGGCUGUUUGGCUACGCCGGCGUCUGUUCGAGUUGGCGAUGUGGCUGAAGAGGAGGAUGGUCCACUACGAUUGAGCUUCCAGCAAGCACAAGUGUGGGAAGACGACAGCUUUGGCUUCGACAGCACCACGGACAUGGCCAUCGCCACCGUCGAUACGCAAACUCAUGCUUUCGUCUCAGGCAUUGGCGCAAAUAUGCAGCAUCCCAGCCAACAAGAGUCUCAGGUCUCCAGUAGCUCUGUGGUGAAGCGCAAGAAGGCGCUCGACAGCACCUCGCAGCUUUCACAAGAUCUGGACGGCUUGCUGCAAGAUGUAUUGGAGAAGAGUACGGCGGGUUUUCUGGGCGGUACGGAUGGUACGGACGGGUUCUGAA